UAGUUUGUACGACAUCGACUACUGUAGAGCAUUGACUUUGAUCCAGUGGAUGUAAAAACGGCAGUGAGUUCCUGCAGGUUUUGAAAGUAAACUCAUUUCCUUCGAACUCAAACAGUCUCUAAAAGCUAGUGAGUGCAGUCUGAGACUCAAUUUAAUCUCUAUCUACAGAUUGGGUGAAAUCUUCGUGGUCGAUCUUGAAAAGGAAAAUUCGUGGGUCGAAGUCCAAAUAUUUUCCAGAACUUGUUAAUCUUCAGAUUGGAUCUUUUUGCGUUUCUGGGUUUGUUUCCAAAUUGUCUCUGCUUUAAUAUUCAGUCGCAAGUUUGGGGUUUGAAGCUUAUACCCUGAACGAGGCAUUGAGUGAUUGCCCAUUAGUUGGUCUAAUCCGUUUUUGGGCAUUAUGGGAUUCGCAAGAUACAAUCUGUUUGAUUGGUGAGGAAAUGGAGGAAAAUGAAAGAAAUUGUGAAUGUUAAAAGUUUCCAGCGUUUUUGGUGUUGGUGGAGGAAAAACCCUCUCUGAUAAACCAACUAGUUGUAUCAGGAUUGGAAAACACUGGUUGUCUCGAUGUUGCUAAUUGGAAAACACAGCUGAGAUAUAUGGCCUUUUAGUUGAGUGUCAGGAUUGAAAGCUUUUAGUUUCUGAUCUGUUCUUGCUUUUCUUUUUUUGGUUUUUGUAAAAAACCAAACUGAACAUUACAGUAAUCUGAUUGAGUGUGGAAAGAUGGAUGGUUCAGGUUUGGGAGGUGGUUUUUUGUCUGGUCCCAAUGGGGGGAUGCUAGACCUUGAAUCGUCCAUUCCUAGACGCCAAGAGAUACAAUUGGGUCAUCCGUUGUUAGCACAUCAUCAACAUCACAUGAAUGUCAUGAGUGGCGUUAAAGGUGAUCAUGAUCCCAUUGGGCUUGUGGAAGUGAAAGGGUCAAUCCCAAAAGUUUGUUCGACUACUGUCAAAGGGAAGGCAGUGGCACCUUUUAAUGCCAAUAAUGGUUACAAUUUGAGUGAUGAAGACGAGCCAAGUUAUACAGAUGAUGGUGGUGAGAACUUCGAAGGGGCCAAGGGCAAAAAGGGAUCUCCAUGGCAGCGAAUGAAGUGGACUGAUAAUGUGGUUAGGCUUCUUAUAGCUAUUGUUGCUUGUGUGGGUGAUGAUGGUACGCUUGAAAGUGGCGAGGGGCUUAAGAGGAAAUCUGGGAUUUUACAGAAGAAGGGUAAGUGGAAGACUGUAUCGAAAAUAAUGAUUAGUAAAGGUUGUCACGUGUCUCCUCAGCAGUGUGAGGACAAGUUUAAUGACUUGAACAAGAGGUAUAAGAGGUUGAAUGAUAUUCUUGGGAGGGGAACUAGUUGUAGAGUGGUGGAGAAUCCUGCUCUUAUGGACUCAAUGCCCCACCUGUCUGCCAAGGCGAAGGAUGACGUUAGGAAGAUAUUGAGCUCAAAACACUUGUUUUAUAAAGAAAUGUGUGCUUAUCAUAAUGGACAGAGGAUACCUGAUUGCCAUGAUCUCGAUCUCCAAGGUUAUUCUUUGCCUCUUGGGAGGUGCUCAAAAGACAAUAAUGGAUCCGAUGAAGAAGAGGCUGAAGAAAACCAUGAUACCGAGGAUGAUGAAUUAGACAACGAAGAUGAUAACGAUGCAGAUAAUGAUAGGGAGAGGAUGGGAAGAAUGGGUGACAGGAAGAAGGCUAGUGAAGAGGAUGGCCAUUUCUGGCCACAAUAUGUUCUUCUGGAUAGUUUUGAAGUUGAAAUGGGUGAGAUUUUUCAAGACCCAACGAAGUCAUUAUGGGAGCGAAGAGACUGGAUCAAGAAACAGAAGUUGCAACUCCAAGAGCAAAGAGUCGGCUUCCAGGCCGAAGCUUUGGAGCUUGAAAAGCAGAGGUAUAAAUGGCUAAGAUACUGUAGCAAGAAAGACAGGGAACUGGAGAGGUUGAGGCUGGAGAAUGAGAGAAUGAAGCUAGAGAAUGAGAGAAAGGUACUGCAACUGAGACAGAAGGAACUGGAAGUAGAUUUGAGGAGGUCAGAAGCUUCCUUAGAGCCUUCAUCUCUUGGGCUAGGAAGAGAUCAGAUUGAUUUGGGCAGGCAUCAAUAGCUUCUGAGCUCAAGUACUGUCUGUGCAAUACUGGAGCGUGGUUGACAUUCAGCAAAGAAGACCUUCAAGCUCAAAGCUUUGUGAGCACCAUCGCUCGAGUGUUUUUUUCUCUUUUGGUCAAACGCCUAUUGUCGACUGUCGAGUUAGUUUUAGAAAUAGUUGAGACUUUUGCUGAUUGUUGGAUGCUUUACUGUAAAGAUGCAAGUUAGUGUUUCGACCAAAAAAAGGAAAAGGAUGUGACAUCAUGUAAGUGAGUACUGUAUUUCUCCAUUUUUUGAAGGCAUGUAGUAGGUGUUGUUUAUAUAUGGUUUAGUCUUCAAAAACAUUUGCGAACAUGGGUUAUGGAAAUAAAAAUGAAUGAUGCAGUCCUCUGAUCCUUUUAGCCAUUGCUGUAAAA